GCGAUGACACAGGGGACACACUGUGUCAGAAGAUUUGAUGUCCCACAAUGACUGUGAAGUGGAUGUUUGCUCUGCUGCUCCUGCAGAUGACUUGCUACUUCAGAUCUGGGAGCUGUGGGAAGGUGUUGGUAUGGCCAUUGGAAUAUAGUCACUGGCUGAAUCUAAAGACAAUACUGGAUGAACUUGUACAGAGGGGUCAUGAAGUGACAGUUCUGAGAUCUUCAGCUUCCAUCUUUCUUGAUCCCCAAAAAUCACCUGGUCUGAAGUUUGAGAGUUUUUCUACAUCUGUCAGUAAAGAUGAUCUGGUCAAGGUUUUCACAAAGUUGGUGGAUGUACGGACUAAUGAGGUACCAAGAGAUUUGUGUUUAUCCUUCUCUCCUUCACUACAAAAUGUGGUUAAUGAAGUAUCUGAUACCUAUCUAAGGCUUUGCAAAGACACAGUUUCAAAUGAACAACUUAUGACAAAACUACAGAGAUCCAAGUUUGAUGUCCUUUUCUCAGAUGCUAUUGCUCGCUGUGGGGAGUUGAUAGCUGAACUUCUCCAGAUCCCUUUUCUGUACAGUCUUCGCUUCUCUCCUGGCUAUACAAUGGAAAAGUACAGUGGGAGAUUUUUAAUCCCUCCCUCUUAUGUACCUAUAAUUUUGUCAGGACUAGGUGGUCAAAUGACAUUCAUGGAGAGGGUAAAAAAUAUGAUGUGUAUGCUGUAUUUUGACUUUUGGUUCCAGACAUUUAAUGAGAAGAAAUGGAGUCAGUUUUACAGUGAAACGUUGGGACGGCCCACUACCUUAACUGAGACAAUAGGCAAAGCAGAAAUGUGGCUCAUUAGAUCCUACUGGGAUUUGGAGUUUCCUCGCCCAUCCUUACCAAAUGUUGACUUUGUUGGAGGUCUCCACUGCAAACCUGCUAAACCCUUGCCUAAGGAAAUGGAAGACUUUGUCCAGACUUCUGGAGAGCAUGGUGUCGUGGUGUUUUCUCUGGGGUCAAUGGUCAGAAACGUGUCAGAAGACAAAGCCAAUGCAAUUGCAUGGGCCCUUGCCCAGAUUCCACAAAAGAUAUCAACAACAGAUGUUUCAAUACUGCAGAACGUGGUUUUGACUGAAAGUGACUUGGAUGUAAACACCGUGAUCAAUGUUCUUUGGAAAUUUGAGGGCAUAACUCCAGAAACCUUAGGACCCAAUACCAGAGUUUACAAAUGGCUCCCCCAGAAUGACCUUCUAGGGCAUCCAAAAACCAAAGCCUUUGUUACUCAUGGUGGCGCCAAUGGAAUUUAUGAGGCGAUCCAUUUUGGAAUCCCUAUGAUUGGCAUUCCUUUGUUUGGAGAGCAACAUGAUAAUAUUGCCUACAUAGUAGCUAAAGGAGCAGCUGUUUCAUUAGAUUUCAGAACAAUGACAAGGGUAGAUUUGCUCAGUGCACUGGAGGCCGUCAUAGAUAAUCCUUUCUAUAAAAAGAAUGCUAUGUGGUUGUCAACCAUUCAUCAUGACCAGCCCAUGAAACCCCUGGACAGAGCCAUCUUCUGGAUUGAGUUUGUCAUGCGCCACAAAGGGGCCAAGCACCUGAGGCCACUUGCACACAACCUCACCUGGUACCAGUACCACUCUCUGGAUGUGAUUGGAUUCCUACUGGCCUGUGUGGCAGCCAUAACUUUUGCUUCCACGAAAUCUUUCUUAUUCAUUUAUCGAAAGUUUGUAAAGACAGGAAAGAAAACGAAGAGAGAGUAGAGCUCACUGAGAAGGCACAUGAACUAUAUUUCAGCAUCGUUCUAGUUUAUGAACGGCCUUCUGAACAUUCACUGAUUACUCUAUCAAGACAUAUCUUCAUUAGACAGGAAGGGAAGGGAGAAAUAAUGCAAUUAUAUUAUAAUCUCAAAAAAAUAAAAGACAUAAUGAAAAGAACAAAGUUGAGCAAAUGAUAAGGAAUAACCUAGUAAGCAGAGUUCCUCCAUGGUAUCAGUUUCAGUCCUGCCUCCUGAGUCCUGCCUUGAACCCUUGGCCUACUUUUCCUCAGCAAUGAACAGGGAGCUAUGAGACGAAAUAAUCCUCUUUUUCAUCAAACAAUUACAAACAAAAAUUAAAAUUUAAAAUCUAAGGAGAAGCCUGGGUCUGAGUCAGGGCAUGUAGCAUUAUUAUGAGCAAAUAUGUGGUGGAGAGGUGAGACAGAAAGGGAAAUGAGAUCAGUUUGUUCUUUGUGAAGAGAGAUGGGACUGUAGACAUGAAGCUAGCAAGGAACGGCCUUUUGUGAGAGGCCUGAACUGCCAUCAGAGGCCAUGGUGUUAUCUGGACCCGUGCUGCUGCAGAGGGCCAUGACUGAGUUCAUGGCCCUUCUGUAGCAGGGCUCUGUGUCAAUGUCCAUGCAUUGUGGACCUCCUUCAUCUGGGCUCCCAUUUGAGGCCAUGAUGUUGUCUAGGUACGGUGCUGAGCUAGUCCAGACCCUCACCAAACACCACACAGUCACACCAGCAGUGAUACAAGUGCAGAAAACAUGGCCCAGUCUCUAGCCUGGGCAGUGUGCAAUAGCUGGCCCCACUGGUGUGGACAUGGGAGAGCAAGAUCUACCAAUUUCUGGGCACAGGACUAGGGUCAGCACACCCUGCAACUUGCUUGAGCAGCUAGGUAGAGCUGGUCCUGAACAAAGGUGUGGAUGAGAAUGACCUCAUUAGUGUGGGAAAGUUGAUUUUUACUGCUCAUUUUGUAUCUUGUCAGUGUCAGAGAGUUGGUUCUGGUGACAUGGGUGAGGAACAGUUAAACCUGAUUGUGUGGAGACAGAAAAAGCAGCCUCACCCCUCGCCUGGGCAUCAUGGAGAGCUAGAAUUGGUGACCAACUCAGCUACCACUCAGUCCCAGAACCCGGGCUUUGAGCUGAACCACCCAACACAUAGCACAUCUGGAAUUAAGGGAGGGGCAGGUCCUGCAGAACCAAAGUUGGAGGAUCUCCACGGCACAGGAUAGCCCAGAGGAGUCUCAGGGAGGACCCAGCAUCAAUAGUGUAGCAGAGCCCAGAGGCCUUGAACCAAUCCAAUGACUCAUUGCAGUGAACUUUCACAAGUAAAGCUGUUGGUUUAAUGAUUACACCGUGUGACACACUGUGAGACACUGCAGCUUCCACCAUGAGACUUUUUGGUAAUUUUUAUUUUCUAUUGUCUUUUGGGGAGGGAACUUACAAGGGUGGAAGGCAGAUCUG